ACAUCCUCUCCCCUCCGACUGCUAUCUUCCACCCUUCCUUCUGGUCAAUUGCUGUAGAACUCUAUUUACUAGAUAUGACUACACCAGAGUACGAUUAUCUUUUCAAGCUGCUUCUUAUUGGUGACUCUGGGGUUGGCAAGUCCUGUCUCCUUCUUCGCUUCGCAGACGACACAUACACGGAAAGCUACAUUAGCACAAUUGGUGUCGACUUCAAGAUCAGGACGAUUGAACUUGAUGGGAAGACUGUGAAGCUGCAGAUUUGGGACACCGCAGGACAAGAACGGUUCCGCACGAUUACUUCGUCAUACUAUCGCGGAGCACAUGGCAUUAUCGUCGUAUACGACGUCACCGACAAUGAUACGUACAAGAACGUAAAGCAGUGGUUGCAAGAAAUUGAUCGCUACGCGUCGGACAAUGUGAACAAGCUUCUGGUCGGGAACAAGUCAGACCGUACAAACGAGAAGGUGGUUGAAUACGCCGUCGCAAGUGAAUUUGCUAAACAAUUGGGCAUACCGUUCCUGGAAACAUCGGCAAAGACGGCUCUCAAUGUCGAGCAGGCUUUCUUGACAAUGGCUAGAGAAAUUAAAGAGCGGACAGGAACUGCUACGAAGGCAAACAAGGAUACUGUUGUGCCCAAGGAAGGCCAAGCUCUACAGUCGAAUUCUGGCGGGAAUUGCUGUUAAUUUCGAGGAGAACCCGCCGUCGGUUGACUUGUCCGGUUUGGAGAGUGAUUCCUCAGUCUCGACAAGCCUGGCUAUUUGUUUCAUUCGUGUCUUCUGCGCAUGUUCAUUUCUACAUGAGCCACUUUCGUGCCCUCUGCCUGCAGAGGCAUGCAUUCCAUGUCAUUAUUACAUUUGAAGACCUUUCCUCUCUUCCGUACCUCGUACAUGGUUGAACAUAUAAUUGGUUUUGACUUUGACUGGUUUGUUCGACCUGAUAGACAUUCAACUCUUCCGUUUAUUUCUCUGCACGUGCACAGUAAGCGAGCCAGAUUAGAGCCUUAACUGUCAGCCCAGCAACUGCAAUAUUGAAGUUUCGUUUCGGACUCGACGCAAGC